GCCCUUGAAUACAUCAGAGAGUACUUGAUGAGAAGAAUUGUCAAAGUUUUGAAGGUUAUAGAGAAAAGUGAAGGCCUGCUUACACCCUUUGCUGCCCUAAAGCUGGAGACAAUCAAAAAAGAUGCUGCAUUUUAUCAUGUACAGUGGAAUGGAGGGGAUAUAUUUUCAGUAAGUGGUAAACCAAAUCAUGCAAGGGUUGUGGAUUUGGCUAAGAGGACAUGUGCUUGCAGAGCUUGGGAGAUCACAGGAAUGCCAUGUAGGCAUGCUGUUGCAGCAAUAUGGAACAUGGCUACUAAUGGUAGAAGGGUGGGUUCAUUAGAGAGUUGGUGUAAUCCCAUCUACACAAUGGGUAGGUGGAAGCAGGUUUAUGCUUUCAAGGUUAACCCUAUCAAUGGAAGGUCUUUAUGGGUCCAAUCUCAAGUUCCUACCACCCUUACACCACCAAAUCAUCAUAAGCAGGUGGGCAGACCCAAGAAGGCAAGGAAAAGGUCUGCAUUAGAAGUGGAGGAAAUGACUCACAGUGGAAGGCUGUCCAAGAAACACACCAAGGGAAAAUGUGGCAAGUGUGGACAUAACACAAGGACUUGCAAAGGGGAUGCUACUGUUUAGGGUUGUCUUUAUGAUUUAGGGUUGUGUCUUUUGGUCUUGAACAUGUUUAAGGGUUAGUUUAUGUCUUUUGAAAACUUUUAGUGGUUAUGUACUUAUGUAUUAGGUUGAACAUGGAAUGGCUGUCUUUUGAACAGGUUUUUGGGUCAGUCUUUAA